CCCCGCCCCUGGAUUCUGCCCCCCCCCGGGGCCCCUCACCCCGGCCUCCAGCCCCCCCCUGGACGCCCCAGCGCUGGCCGGGCCGAUGAGAGGCCAUGGCCGCGGCUAUCGCCAGCUCGCUGAUCCGGCAGAAGCGGCAGGCCCGGGAGUCCAACAGCGAGCGGGUGACCACGUCCAAGCGCCGCUCCAGCCCCAGCAAGGACGGGCGCUCCCUGUGCGAGAGACACGUGCUGGGCGUCUUCAGCAAAGUGCGCUUCUGCAGCGGCAGGAAACGGCCCGUUCGCCGGAGACCAGUAUUUCAGGCUUGCAGAACUGCUGAGGGAAGUGGAGAGACUGCAUGUCCGGGAGCAGCACAACUCACAGCAUGGCAAGAACCCCAGCUGAAAGGAAUUGUGACAAGGUUAUUCAGCCAGCAGGAAUACUUCUUGCAGAUGCACCCAGAUGGUACGAUUGAUGGGACCAAGGACGAAAACAGCGACUACACCCUCUUCAAUCUAAUUCCCGUGGGCCUUCGUGUGGUGGCGAUCCAGGGGGUGAAGGCAGGUCUCUACGUUGCCAUGAAUGGCGAGGGAUAUCUCUACAGCUCAGAUAUUUUCACACCAGAGUGCAAAUUUAAGGAAUCGGUCUUUGAAAACUACUACGUUAUUUAUUCUUCCACACUGUACCGGCAGCAGGAGUCUGGACGAGCCUGGUUCCUGGGGCUCAAUAAAGAAGGUCAAAUUAUGAAGGGGAACCGGGUGAAAAAAACCAAACCCUCGUCACAUUUUGUACCCAAACCCAUUGAAGUGUGCAUGUACAGAGAGCCAUCGCUGCAUGAAAUUGGAGAAAAACAAGGACGCUCAAGAAAAAGUUCAGGGACACCAACCAUGAAUGGAGGCAAAGUUGUUAACCAGGACUCAACAUAACUGACACACCCCUCUCCCUCUCUUCCAGUUCUUCCCUUCCCACUCACCUACCCACCCCACCCGGCGAAACCACACUGAGACGACAAUAAACUGAGCAAGGCAGGACCUACCAGUAGCGGCUAGGAUUCUGAACUCAAAAAUCUUUCUUUGUGUAGGACGAGGAAAUCGACUCCCAAAUCUUGUCUGUUGCAACGUUUCAAAAAAAAAAAAAAAAAAAAAAGAAGAAAAAAUGUUUUAAAUCAGGACUCCAUUAACAUUUUAAAAGCAAACUGUUUGCUCUUUGAUCAAAAGGAAAAAUCUCUUCUCUGCAUAGUAAUAAUAAAUAAUUAUUAACUAAUACAUAAUAAUAAUAAUAAUUAAUAAAGAUGUUACCGUUAAAAAUAAAAAAAAGCUUUUGGAGAAUUGAACUUAGCACAUGAUAUGCUGAAAACAAGCCAGGUUCUAAAAACUGA